ACCGUUGACGUGCCGUUGACCGUUUGACGGUUGUGUAUGUUUACAUCACAUUACUCAUUUACAAUUUACAUCUUUUAUUUUAUGGAUCCAGGGGCUUCCGGGGGUUAAAAUAAUAUUCUUGAUAGUGAUAACAAGGUGAUAACUGUAUUGCAAUUUUGCCAUCAUUGUAUGCUAUUUUAAGGAUGUCUCUAUGCAGCGUUGUUAAAUGUGGAAGACAAGUUUUCUUUAGGACAUUUGCAACUCGAAGCCGGUUCUAUAAAAGUACGGGUAUAUUAAAAAGUGAUGGAAAGUAUGAGAUAAUCUUAGAUCAACGGAAAUUAAAGACACCAAAUGGUAAAUUAUUUACAGUGGACAGUGAGCCUUUGGCUUUAGCAGUUGCGACUGAAUGGAAUGCUCAGAAAAACAAAAUAGUACAAAGCAAUAUGCAUAUUACAACAUUAUGUAACACCAUAAUUGAUAACCCUAAUAAUUUUGGAAAGUUGGAUAUAGUUAAUUAUAUUGUAAAUUAUCUAGAUACCGAUACUGUUUUAUUUCAAGCAAAUGAGGACGAAGAUUUAUUAAGAUUUCAAAUAGCAGAAUGGGACCCGAUUAUAGAAUGGUUCAAUAAAAAAUUUAAUGUAUCUGUAAAAAAAUCUGUUCAAAUGGAUGUUUCACCAGUUAGUGAUAAUGAUAAAGCAAAGAUAAUGAGACAUUUAAUGUCCUACAAUUUUGCUGCAGUAAAUGGGUUUAUGUAUGGCGUUGACACGUUAAAAUCAGUAAUUUUGACAUUGGCUUUAAUUGAUAAGUUUUUAACACCAGAAAAGGCAGUCCUUUUGUCUAGAUUAGAAGAAGAAUAUCAAACUGGAAGAUGGGGCCGUGUUGAGUGGGCACACGAUUUAAAUCAACAGGAAUUACAAUCUCGGUUGGCUGCUGUAAUGAUCUUUGUAUAUUUCAAUUCCCAACACCGAAAUAUACAAGAAAAAAAUACAACUAAAUAGACAUUUAUUAUAUACAUAUAA